AUCCACACAGGAGAGAAGCCCUACACAUGCUCUGAGUGCGGGAAAAGCUUUAGUCGGCGCUCAAACCUUGUCACACAUCAGAGAAUCCACACAGGGGAGAUGCCCUACACGUGCUCUGAGUGCGGGAAAAGCUUCAGUUGUCUGCGCUCAAUCCUUACCACGCAUCAGAGAAUCCACACAGGGGAGACGCCCUACACGUGCUCUGAGUGCGGGAAAAGCUUCAGUCGGCGCUCACACCUUAUCACACAUCAGAGAAUCCACACAGGAGAGCAGCCGUACACGUGCGCUGAGUGCGGGAAAAGCUUCAGUCUGCGCUCAAUCCUUAUCACACAUCAGAGAAUCCACACAGGGGAGAUGCCCUACACGUGCGCUGAGUGUGGGAAAAGCUUCAGUCUGCGCUCAAUCCUUAUCACACAUCAGAGAAUCCACACAGGGGAGAUGCCCUACACGUGCGCUGAGUGUGGGAAAAGCUUCAGUCGGCGCUCUGCCCUUAUCAGACAUCAGAGAAUCCACACAGGAGAGCAGCCCUACACGUGUGCUGACCUUGUGUUCAUAGACUUUGUUAUGGGGUGA